GACGGAGUCGGCUAAAGUCGUUAGUGUCGGUACCGCACGCGGGGAAGGCUCACCGAGGCUUCGGCAGCGAUGAAUAAUGUCGAGUGAACGCUUUAGAAGCGGCUCUAACAUGAGCUCUUCGGUCGCUUUCUUGAGGAGCCACACUUUGCUGUCGGAAGCAGAAACUUCCAAAACCCGCCCUGCUGAACUUCAAGUUACGGAGAGCUAGCUCCUUCAAUUUGAGGAUUAUUUAGCUUCUAACCGACCCCAAAGCUCCAAGAAAGACGGGACUAGUCUCUCUUCGUGUCCCGCCGGAGCACAUGAUCUUGUUGUAGGAGAAGGAAAAGUUCUCCCAGGGGGGGGAGCACCUGACACCCCUCUCUCGCUCCUCGGAAUCCCUGCCGGCAUGACCCUUGGCUCGGUUACCGGCUCCGACGACAGGUCGGCGGUCAGCUUUUGCUCGUGCUGCGGAGCCAAGAUGGUGCCGGACCUCGGCGACGACGCGGUGGUGUCCAAAAAUCAGAUCAACCAGCUCAUCAGUGAGAGUUUCCUCACUGUGAAAGGCGCGGCCCUCUUCCUCCCCCGGGGUAAAAGCCCCGCGCCGAACUCUGGGCCUCGCAGCAGCCAGCGCAGGAACAAACACACUGGCGACCUUCAGAAGCAUCUUCAGACCAUGUUCACUGUGCUGCGUCCUGAAGACAACAUCCGUCUGGCUGUGCGUCUGGAGAGUGCGUAUCCUCAGGUAACCCGCUACAUGGUGGUGGUCUCCACCAACGGCAGACAGGACACAGAGGAGAGCGUUGUGCUGGGCAUCGACUUUGUCUCCUCUGAUAGCUGCUGCACGGUGGGGAUGGUUCUACCUCUGUGGAGUGACACCAUGAUCCACUUGGACGGAGACGGCGGCUUCAGCGUGUCCACCGUCAACAGAGUUCAUGUCUUUAAGCCGGUGUCGGUCCAGGCCAUGUGGUCCGCCCUGCAGUCGCUCCACAAAGCCUGCGAGGUGGCUCGUUGCCAUAACUACUACCCAGGCAGCCUGUUCCUGACCUGGGUCAGCUACUACCAGAGCAGAGUGUCCUCCAGCCAGUUCUGCAUCAACGAAUGGAACGCCAUGCAGGAUGUGGAGUCAUAUCGUGCCAAUUCCCCCAUCCUCUUCACAGACCUGCCCACAGAACGGGAACGCACAGAGAGACUCAUCAGGAUGCGUCUCAGAGAGAUCAUGAUGCAGAAAGACCUGGAAAAUGUCACAUGCAAAGAGAUCCGAACAGAGCUGGAGAUACAGAUGGUCUGUAAUCUGAGGGAGUUUAAGGAGUUCAUCGACAACGAAAUGAUCAUCAUCCUGGGACAGAUGGACAGCCCCACGGAAAUAUUUGACCACGUCUUUCUGGGCUCAGAGUGGAAUGCCUCCAACCUGGAGGAGCUUCAGAGCAGCGGAGUGCGUUACAUCCUCAACGUCACCAGAGAAAUAGACAACUUUUUCCCGGGAAUGUUUGAGUACCACAACAUCCGGGUUUAUGACGAGGAGGCCACCAACCUGCUGGAGUAUUGGAACGAAACGUACAAGUUCAUCACUAAAGCCAAGAAAGCCGGCGUGAAGGUUCUAGUCCACUGUAAGAUGGGAGUGAGCCGCUCUGCCUCCACCGUGAUCGCUUACGCCAUGAAAGAGUACGGCUGGGAUCUGGACACGGCCUUCGACUAUGUGAAGGAGAGGCGCGCCGUCACCAAGCCCAACCCGUCCUUCAUGAAACAGCUGGAGGAGUAUCAGGGAAUUCUGCUGGCAAGUAAACAAAGGCACAAUAAGCUAUGGCGCUCCCACUCCGACAGUGAGCUGUCAGACCGCCCAGGAUCCAUCUGCAAAGCUCCGUGUCCGUCUUUGGUCCGCGCCGACUCCCACAACAACAAUACCUCCACAUCAUUGCAUCACUUCCUGGGUGUGGCCGUGCUGCAAGCCCUUGGUGCUGAAUCUGAAGAAUCCGGCAAGUCUGAUGACGCGCACAUCAGCGACUCGCACACGCUCUCCGCUGGUAGCUGCGAGUCGCUGCUCCAAGGGGAGCUGCUGUCAGAGUCCGGAAAGCCCGUCGUCCUGCCCCUCCCCCGACCCCGCGCCGCCACCGUCAUCCCAGAGGAAAGGCUGGACUGUUCUGCCAGCGUGGCCGUCACCGUGCCCGUUGCUCUGCCGCAUCCCCCUCCGGCCCUGCUAAUCCUGCCGCCGACGCCUCAACUGCAGCGAGUUCGCCGCAGUCCUCCCUCACAUCUGCCCCUUUCAGGGCCCAAACGCAAACCCACAGAGCUGCUGCUGAAUUUACCCAACGGCGCCGCCCCGGAGGACAUUUGCUCUCUGUCUCUGGGAUCCGGCGACUCGGACUCAGCAUCUCCUUCCGUUUCAGACAAAUCUAGUGAAACGUACACGCCCCUCAGCCCUGACAGCCCCACAACACUGCCCGCCAGCGACGACAACAACAAUCUCAGCGAGCUGCACACCGGCAGUUCCUCCGAAAGCCGCGGCGAGGCGGACGGCUCGUCCAACCACAGCGCAGACAGCAUCGACUUCUUUACAGCGCGGGAAAAGUUCCUGGGCCUGGCGCAAGACGGGCAGAUUCAGACACCUUCAGAGCAGCUACAACAGAAAACGCCGCCAUCAUCUGACGGAGAGGAAGAAGCCAGUGAGGAAGACGAGCAGGGAAAUGGGAAGAAUCAGGAUGAAGUCAGCGACCAUAAAAUCAUUGUUGACCAGUCUGCUCCCAAUCACCAUGACAACGGAAUAUCAGUCCGCCAUAUUGUCACAGAGAUCGAAGCCAUAUCCAACCCCUCGACUUCCCCCCACAUCACUACCUCAUCCUCUUCGUCGUUAUCUGUGUCAUCUCAGAGCUCCCAGCUCCUGCGACUGGAUCUCGUAGAGGAGGUGGAGCCUCCUAAAGCUAUGCACAUCAUUUCAUCUUCUCCGCUUGUCUCCACGGUGCCUCGCGACAGGCCGGCCGGCUCGGUGCGGCGAGCCACCGAGCAACUGGAGCAAAAGAUUAAGCAGGAGCGGUCUCCGCUGCAGUCUCCCAGCGCUGAGCACGCUCCCGUCAGACUGUCCCCGAGCCCUCGAAGCCCAGAACCGCCUCCUGUCCGGUCAGCCCCACCUCCAGAGCUAAGGACUACUCGGGGAGAGACCACGGCGGUUUGUGCCGCCGCUAAAUCCAAAGAUGUUGUGGAGCAGACAGCAUCUCACUCUGAGCUGAACCCCACCCAACGUUCACGCCCCUCCAGCCCACCAUCCAGCCAAGUCCCAGGUGCUGAACCCAAAACAGUGCACACAUCCAAAGAAAGCUGUGUGGGGGCGCCAUCCCUGACCCCCACCAGUCCUUUAAAAGAGUCCCUACAAGAUACCUCAACCCAUUCCCAAAGACGAGCCUUUCAAGCUCUGCAGUGUCCCGCUGCCUCCCAGGCUGUUUCACACAAAGUAUCUGUGCAUGGAGUUACUCUGCAGGAAUCGCACACGGAUGAAAGGUCGGACUCUGGCCCACAGGGCCGCGGCGCUGGGUGUGAGGCCUUAAGCAGCCUGGCUCGCAGCACGCAGGAGUUGGAGUGCAUCCAGCAGACGCUGCAGGAGCUGCAGGCCUUCCUGCACGAGGGGGUCAGUACAGAGCAAGAGCCGGAGCAGCCGCAGAGACUCCGAGACGCGAUGGACACGGAACCAGAGGGUUCUAAAGGACAGAGUUCUGAAGCGAGCCCUUCAAGACACACAGGAGAAAGGCGGGGUCAUGUUGAGCAGAUGGCGUGGCCCAGGGCCUUGGAGCUCGAGGCUCGGAUCCGCCAGGCAGGCCUCACCACCCCUUCUCUCAUGAAGCGAUCCGCCUCCUUAGCUAAACUGGACUUCCUUGAGCUGUCGGCUAACGACCUCAGCGACUUGGACCUGAGGCCACACGCCAGGACCCGGUCGCACCCCCAGAACUCCCACCUCGUCUCCCAGUCUCACCCCGACGACGCCUGGAAGAAGCAGAAGGUGCUGUCUCAAAGCACCGCCUCGUCCAACUGUGACACGCCCUCACCACCGCCGCCGCGCCUCUCCGCCCACGACAACUCAAAAGACGACAAAGGCGAGGCGGACGAGGCAGAUGGGAGAUGCAGCCCUGCAUCCCGCCAGCAGGGCAGAGGUCACGCCAGACGUUCCCGCAGAGCCGCAGAGAAGAAACGAGCGGCCGCUCUCAUGUACAACACUAUGUAACUUCCGUGCAAUGGACCGGAUGCACCCGGAGCCGAGCACACGUGUGAGCGAGACGGCAUGAUGUGUGUGAACGGGAGACAUAAAUGGUGAACUCAAUGUUUGCAUGUAAACCACUGGAUAUGUGUGUGAGCUGUGGACAGGUCUGCCUGCACAGCCGUGUCCUGGAAACUGAACUGACUGACGGUGCAUAUCAGGCCCCCUGUUGACUCUGUCUUGUUUUUGUUUUUCAUGAAAGCGUGUUUGUUUGUUCUCGUGUGACCCUCGCUGCCUCUUCAGAGUCUCCAGAACUUCAACCAGACGGGGCUUUUUUCUCAGAAAACGCACUUUACUGAUUGAAUGAGUUGUCUUUUAUUUUGAAAUGUUUCUGCGUGGGGAGGAUUCUUUUGCACUGUUUUCUCAAUAAACUCGUCUCUGUG